AUGGAAAUCAUUGAAGACGAUAGUUCUUCUUCAACCUCGUCAUCAUCAUCUGAAUCUAGGGAACAACUUGCAACAUCAUCCGUUAACCGCCCAAAACGAAAGGCUGGUAGAAAAAAGUUCAAAGAAACUAGACACCCUGUCUAUAGAGGUGUUCGGUUAAGAAACAAGUCUAAAUGGGUUUGUGAAGUUCGCGAGCCAAGUAAAAAGUCAAGAAUCUGGUUGGGAACGUUCCCAACCCCUGAAAUGGCAGCUAGGGCUUAUGAUGCAGCAAGCCUAGCUUUACGGGGUGAUAACUCACCACUUAACUUUCCAGACUCGGCCCGUUUUAUUAAACGGGCUAAGUCAACUUCCGCUCGUGAUAUUCAAGAAGCUGCACUUGAAGCAGCUCUUGCUUUUGCACCAAAAGGUUAUCACAAUGAGCCAUCUUCUUCUUUCCGAAAAGAAAGAGGUGAUGAUAAUAUGGUGGUGGAGGUGGAGGAGACAUCGUUUGUAGAUGAGGAGGUGUUGUUUAAUAUGCCAAAUUUUUAUAAUAGCAUGGCGGAGGGAUUGGUUAUUACUCCACCAGGAAUGAAAAAAGGGUUUGAUUGGAGUGAUGAUUUUGACUCUAAUAAUAUGGAUUUGACACUAUGGAGGUAUUAA